CUUGCUAUCGCUCGCAUCACCCGUGUUCGACACCAUGUUCACAUUGCCUCAACCGUCUCUGUCGUCGUCGUCGCCUGAUUCGAAAGAUGGCUUGCCGGUGGUGGAAUUAACAGAAACGAAGCCAGCUUUGCAGAGGCUGCUUGGGAUGUACCUCCCCGACUAUCUGGAGAAGGACGGGAAGAUAGCCAGUGUAGACGACUGGAAAGAGGUUUUCGACGCAGCCAACAAGUACGAGAUGAAGGCUGCGGUGAAAUGCCUCUCGUGGAGCUUAGACUCUCUCGCUGAAGCAGAGCCCAUGCGGGUCUUCAUCGUCGCCACCCAACAUGGACUGAACGACGCCGCUCAGAAAGCAGCCUUCAAUACCCUCAAAGUGCCAUUUGGCGCUUGGGGUGUGUUACCAGAGUUGGAAUAUGUAACAGGAGGCGACCUACAGAGGUUAUUCCAAUACCACAACGCAUGCGGAAAGCUUGCCAGUUCUACCCUGAAAAAUUGGUACAAAGUCGAUAAGGCAUACUGUUGGUAUAGCUGCAGCAACAGAAACACAUCGUGUGGGACAGCAUGGAACGGGUCUUUCAGUGUCACAGAUUGGUGGGAGACAUUCGAAAAAGACCUUACGGUUGUCCUUGAGAAAAAUCCUCGAGGAGCGGCAGUGGAGGAAGGUAAUAUCGCUUCCCAGGCACUGGUUACAGCGAGCAAGUGCGACACU